AUGUCUCAGGAGUCGGGAAUCGACAUUACUAGCCUGGAGCGCGACACAACCUUCAACAAACACCCAGCUUAUCCCACCCUUCCCGCCGUCAGAUAUCCUUAUCCAGGCCCGGCCAUAUCCCGCGCCCAUCGCCAGAUCCGGCUGCUGUACUUAGAAGGCCUGCCCACAACCAGCAGUCGUGACGUGCCGGAUGGCUAUGCACACCUCUACGGAGACCUCGUCUUGACAGACCUCGACCGAUCUCCGCCUUACAUUGCCCUGUCAUAUGUCUGGGGCGAGCAUAACCACCUCGACCUGCAAACGAUACGCAUCCGACGGCCCGGCUCAGCAGACGAUGACGCCGGCCAGAUCCCCAUUACAGAGAACGGCUACCAAGCGCUGUGGCAUAUUCGCAAGAACGCUCGUGGCCCUAUCUGUAUCUGGAUCGACGCCGUGUGUAUCAACCAGGACGACCACAUUGAGUUGGGCCACCAGGUCCGGUACAUGGGCGACAUCUACAGCACGGCCCAGUGCGUCUAUGUGUGGCUUGGACGUGGCGACGAGGGUACGGACCGUGCGAUGCAGUACCUGCGCGCCGUUGGCAACUCGUCCGAGCGCAUGCCGAUUGCUGUCGAGCAUGGGCAGGAUGGGCCGAAGUGGAAGGCUUACAAGCCAGUGUUUGACAGAAAGCUGUGCUUGAGUCGGAUUAGAAAUUUCCCUUGGACAUUCGGCGCACGGUUCUUCCAAAAGUCUGCGUCAAGGGGUGAGGGCAAGCUACUACGAUUCCUGCUGCGAAACUGGGUCGUCGAGCCCGAUGACCUCAAGCGCGUCCUCGACAACACGUGGUUGUCGAGAUCAUGGACUCUGCCCGAGUUCAUUCUGGCCAGGGACUCGCUCCUCAUCUACGGGGAUGAGACGAUCCCAUGGCAGGAGUUCCUGGGCUGCAUCUGGCGGGGCUCGUUACGGCGGCACGACAGCCAGACCGCGCACUGGCAAGCGCUUGCACAAGCGUGGCUCAGCCUUCCACGUGACGAGCUUGGCUCCGAUGGCAGCAGAUCCAGGUAUACGAUGCGAGAGCGGCUGCGCCCUUCCAAGACGACUCUGUUCCUCACAGACAAGAAGAUUCUCUGGUACUUUGUGGUGCCUCUGAUGAUCAUAGGGAUCUGGGUCGGCGUACACGAGCGGUUCCAAGACAACAUCCAGGGACCUGACGAGAACGAUGCGUUGUGGUAUCUACGGGUCGUCCUUCCUCCCGUGGCUCUCGCACUCAUCACGGUGGUCUUGGUUUGGUUUGUCCUCAAGAUCAUGUACGGCGCGAACCGGGGCUCUGAGCUGCCGCUCAAGUCCUACGGAGAUGACGAGCUGUUCAACAUGAUCAGCACCGCCAUGCUCAACCGAAGGUGCACCAAGGUCCACGACAAGUGCUUCUCUCUCUACAGCGUGCUGGAGAGACAUGGCAUCAACAUGGGCAUCCCGGACUAUGACCUCGACGCGCAGCAGGUCUACGUCAACUUCUUCGCCCGUCUCGUGCAGGAGAAUCCCCAAGCACUUGCACUGCUCGUCGACGCCGCCCAGUACUCACCUGCUCCAGACUCUACGAGCAGCCUGGGCUCAUCAACCACGCUAAACUCAGCAGACGCCACCACGCUGAGGCCAUCCUGGGCACUCAACCUCGAAGCCCACGACCGCCCGCCCUGGCUCCCGAGAGAGUUCGUCCUGGGCGCCGCCAACACGACCAAGAUCCCCAACGCCGUGAUCUCGCCCCGCGUCUUCACCGACGUCGGCGUGCUGCGCGUGCCCGCGAUCCCGCUGGGCAUCAUCACCUUCCGGACGGACCUGACGGCGCUGUACGAGCUGCACAGGGACACGGCGCGCGAGGUCGCCAAGGCCGCGCUCGCCGAGCUGAUGCUGCUCCUCGAGCACACACAGGACAUGUACAAGGCCCGGCCCCGCCUGCGAAGGAGCAAGGAGGCCAACCUGCGGUCCUCGCACUUCUUGUUCUUCCGCUCGGUCAUGAUGCCCGAUGUCUGGCUCAAGUGGAACCACCAGCAUCACUACUCGACCGCGGCGCCGCGCGAGCACCACCAGUCCAGCAGCAGGACAGAGCAUUAUGGCGGCGGCGGCCGUCGUGUCAAUAGCACGGGCAGUCGCAGUGGCGGAAGCAGCAGCAGGUCCCGCAGUACCAGCAGCACGAGCAAAGGAUUCCGAGCCAAGUCGGAACGCCGCCUGUGGGAGAGCAAGUCGACCUUCAACCAGCUCGCGCUCAAGUACAAGCGCUUCUUUAUCCCCCUGCUGCGCAUCAUCCGCAAGCACCGCAAGUACCGCGACAAGGACAUGCGCAAGGAGGAAGCCUCGCGCGGCACCAGGGACGAAGAGAAGAGUCGAGGGAGUCCUCCUGAAUCGUCAAUGGCAGUAGGACCAAUCAUGCUUGUGCGGUCUGUCGACCGGCUGUGGAAGGUAAUCGAGAGCAAGAAGAAGCUGCUGAAGGCGUUGGACGAGUGGUGCAUGAGCGUGGCGAGCAGCCAGCCGCGGUCGUUCUUUGCGACUGCCUCGGGAUUUCCCGGGACUGGAGGGGUCGAUAUCCGUAUUGGGGACUAG